CCUCCAUGCCUCGAUUUUCGCGACGGCAUCUGGUGAUUCAUUAUCUUGCAGCACCACCGUCGAUCCAAUGGGGGUUUGGGUUCGUUUCACCAUGGCUGGCAUCUUUGGUCAUCGGCAGAGGUGUAAGACCCGCCUGCCUUAAAGAGCCCGUUUCCUUCUCAAGUGCGGUGAAAGUCGAGGCGGCAGUCAAACUUGGAGCGCCCCUCAUCGUGUGUCCACUUCCGGCACCACGAAUCCACGACGUAUUGAAACCCUGACGGCCGCGCAACUACGGGUUUGAGACUGAAAAUAAGUGCCGCGGCUGGCGCGAGUCGUGGUGCUAUUUGAAUUCGACGAAACCUCUCCUCAGCAAAUCGCGACUUUCAAGUCCGCAAAGCCGAACUCAAGCCAACCGCGACAUCUAUUCCCUCGACCGUUCCCUCGGCCCCGUCCAGCCACCACCAAUAACGCCGCCGCGAUGGGUUCCAUACCACCCCCCAAAUCGGAGCGCAAGCCCCUCCACCAAGCAAUCCCGCCUUUGAUCCUCGGCACCGCCACCUUCAACUCGCAAUACGUGUCGGAUCCCUUCAAUCCCGAAAUUCUCCCCGCUCUGUCCAUCGUGUCGCGGACGUUGGAAUUGGGGAUAAACGCCUUCGACACGUCGCCGUACUACGGGCCGUCCGAGACGAUCCUAGGCGACGCCCUAGCGCAUCCCGUGAAUGCGAAAUAUCCCCGCUCGUCGUACUUCCUCGUCACGAAAGCCGGCCGCAUUGGAGGCAACGAAUUCGACUACAGUCCGUCGUGGGUGCGAUAUUCUGUCUACCGCAGUUUGGAGCGCUUACACACGACUUAUUUGGACCUGGUGUACAUGCACGAUGUGGAAUUCAUGUCCCCUGCUGAAGUGCUCGGGGCUGUCGGCGAGCUGCGCCGGUUGAGGGACGAAGGGGUGAUCCGAUACGUCGGAAUCAGCGGGUACCCGGUCUCGAAGCUGUGCGACCUGGCUGAAUUGGUACAAGCUGAGUCAGGAGAGUCGCUCGAUGCAGUACUCAGCUAUAGCCACUUCACCAUCCAGAACACCACCCUGAGCACAUCGGCGGUGAAACGGUUCACAGCAGCCGGAGUGGAUGUUGUUCUGAACGCCAGCAUGCUCGGCAUGGGUCUCCUGACCACCCGAGGAGCUGAUGCCGGACCAACGGCUGCUUGGCACCCUAGCCCCGGCGAGCUCAGGGGUAAAGUAAAGCAGCUUGUUUCUGUGGCUAAAGAAGCCGACGAGAAGCUGGAAGUUGUUUCCAUCCGUUGGGCCCUGGACAAUUGGUCCCGCGACGGCGCCUCGCUGGGCGGGACCUCCAGCCGUCUCCCAGAAGGCACACGCGUAGGGGUCAGCGUUAUGGGCGUUGCUAGUGUGCCCGAGCUCGAGGAGACGGAGCGUGUCUUCCACAGCGUCGUUGAGGGGCUUAACAUUAAACCCUCGAGCCCCGAGGUGGCUGAAGCGCACGCUUGGAGCUUACAGAGGCGGAAGAAGAUCCAGGGGCUUGUCGAGAAGAUGUGGGCGGUACUGGGGGAGUGGAAGGAUUACAGCUGGGAUAGUCCAGAGCCUGGAUUCGUCAAUACGCGCCGGACGGAAGAUUUUGGUAUCGUGCCGGAUGAUGGGGUUAUGGCGAGGCAUCAGGGGUCAAAAUAGACAACAGUGAUGAGGCAAUGGAAUCAUUUCAGUUUGAAGUGAUAUUUCGAAUGAAUCAG